GGGAGAGGCCCAAAUAAGCUCCUUAGAGGCCUACUGUGCGCCAGGCCCUUACCCUUCUUAUCUCAUCUUGUCCUCAUUGUACACAUUGGGGAGAAGGUAGCAAGAGGUUAGGGGCCUUGCCCAGGGUCAGACAGCUAGUAAGUUUCCAAGGCUGAAUUUGAACUUGGGGUCUUGCUGACUCCAGGCCUAGAGAGACUGAGGACAGGAGUCUGUGGAAAAGACCAGAGGGAAUGAGGAAAGGGACUGCUUGUUCUGAGCGCCAUGGAAGGGGAGACUCGCCUAGGGUCCCAGGGGGUGACCCUAGGGAUCUGUGCUGGGCCACCUAGGCAGCUUAGAUCACAGGCAUUUGGGAGAGAGAGAAGCAGCUAGUCUGAGGGUGGAGCCGGCCCAUCUAUCCGUCGCCCACCAGGACCCAGGAGGGGGGACUGUCCUGGGUCCCUCAGAGGCCAGGCUCUGGCCAUGAGCAUCGAGUGGGUGGGGCAGGUGGGAAGGACAGCAUUUAGUAAGCGCUUACUGUGUGCAGAAGAGAAGGUUCAGGUGGGGCCCAGGUGGAGGCGGCAACCACAGAGAAUGAGGGGGAACAGCGGCAGAGAAAAGCCCAGGAGUCUGUGAGCAGCGCUGUCCCCCAGUGGGGGGUGCGAGCAGGGGCAAGUCCAGCUGGCAUCUGCCCAUACUGCUGGCUGACCUCACCGGGCACCCCCCCUCCCAGCUUCCAGUCCAGCACGUCCGGCCAUCUCAGACUCGGGGCCUUGAUCUGUUCUCGCCUCUCGCCUCUUCCCCUGGUUUGACCUCCAGGUACACAGUGAGGCACACGCAUACACACAUGUGCACACGUGGUAUUGUGUCCACUCAAGGCCGUCCCUGGGCAUGUGCCCAUGUUGCCAUGAGGAGCCUCACCAGGCCCAGAGCCGCCCUCCCUUCUGGGCCAUGUGAGGUACUGUAUAGCCACGGCCCUGGCGGGUCCCAAGCUCGAGGUGGCCCCUGGAAGCAGACGCCGAGGACAAGGAUCCCUGGAAGAUGAAGAUCCCUAGACGGAGAUGUCUCUCCUUCCUUGGCCAGCCCCAGGGCCUGUGCUCCCUCCUCCUGACCUUUCCCACCUCCCCCUGCCCUGCUUCCUGGGGCCUCCAGGAUCAGACAUGCGACAUCUUCGUGGCCUCAUCUCCCCGUCCUGGCUUGCGCUGGAGUCUUCGCCCAGCGUCCACUCUGAGAAUGUUGUCUCCCUCCCAGACGGCCAUGCUGUGUUCUGCCCAGGGCCUGGUACGCAGCGAGUGCUUCAGCGGUGCUCGUCAGCUGACUGUGGGCCUCACGACCCAGGCUUCACAGGAUCUUCUGCACUCGGUGCUAUAGGACGUCUCCCUCCAUUGCCAGACCUCGCAAGGCUCGGGACCAAGAUUUCUCCCCUCCUUGCAGUCGUCUCCCCUCCAGCCCCCAGCCCCGGGGUGCUGGUAAGCCUGGAGGGUAGCCUUGCUGGGGCAAGAGCUGCACCAGCCCCCUCAAUGCAAAAACCAAGUGGGAAUAGCCAUGAGGAAGGGGCGCCCCUUGAGCCCCUGGUACUAGGGCUCAGGCCCUGGGCAGAGCUGUUGAGGAGCCAGUGGCUCAGUCAUCCUGGAGCCCUUCAUGAGAAGGGGCUGGCCCCGGGGGUCUCAGCCUUGCCCCUCUGGACUUUGAACAGCUGUGGAGGGCGUGGCCUCAACCUCAGCUCGGGCUUCAGGGGCCCACAGGACCGGGCACCUGGUCCCAUCCCCAAGCCUCAGCUCUCUGCUGAGAGGCCUCCCGGCCCCCUUCCUCCUUGCCUGGGAAUCGGCACUUGCUUUUCUGUCCUCGCCCCAUCAGGGGUCAUCUCUGAGCUCCAGUGGGCACCAGCCAGUCUGGGGAGGGCACCUACCUCUGUGCGGCAGCCAGGCCCUCUCGGCUGUGCCGUGGGUGGGUGUCCUGAGGCCUGGCGGGGCCUGCAGGGCUGGUCUCUGUCGGUCUUUCAGACAGUGCACGACGGAAGGCAGUUUCUGAAGUACAUCGAUCCAAAGCUGGGCGUCCCCUUGCCAGAGCGGGACUAUGGAGGAAACUGCCUCAUUUAUGAUCCAGACAACGAGACGGACCCAUUUCACAACAUCUGGGACAAACUGGACGGAUUCGUUCCCGCUCAUUUCCUUGGCUGGUACUUGAAGACCCUGAUGAUUCGGGACUGGUGGAUGUGCAUGAUCAUCAGCGUGAUGUUCGAAUUCUUGGAAUACAGCCUGGAGCAUCAGCUGCCCAAUUUCAGCGAGUGCUGGUGGGAUCACUGGAUAAUGGACGUGCUCUUAUGUAAUGGGCUGGGCAUCUACUGUGGCAUGAAGACCCUGGGCUGGCUUUCUCUGAAGACGUACAAGUGGCAGGGACUUUGGAACAUCCCCACCUACAAGGGCAAGAUGAAGAGAAUCGCCUUCCAGUUCACACCCUACAGCUGGGUUCGCUUUGAGUGGAAGCCCGCCUCCAACCUUCGCCGGUGGCUGGGAGUCUGUGGCAUCAUUCUGGUUUUUCUCUUGGCAGAACUGAACACCUUCUACCUGAAGUUUGUGCUGUGGAUGCCCCCAGAGCAUUACCUGGUUCUCCUUCGACUGGUCUUCUUUGUGAAUGUCGGAGGCGUGGCGAUGCGGGAGAUCUAUGACUUCAUGGAUGACCCGAAGUCCCAUAAGAAGUUUGGGCAGCAGGCCUGGCUGGUGGCGGCCAUAACUGCCACUGAGUUCCUGAUAGUGGUGAAGUACGACCCCUACACGCUGACCCUGUCGCUGCCCUUCUACGUGGCCCAGUGCUGGGUCCUGGGCACCGUGCUCAUCCUCACGUGGACCGUCUGGCGCUUCUUCCUUCGGGACAUCACCCUCCGCUACAAAGAGAUCAGACGGCAGAAGCAGGAGAGCAGGGGUGAACUAGACCGAGCUGCGACCAACGGCAGCGAAGGAUCUUCUCCACUGCUAGAAGAGCAAGACAGAGACGGGCAGCUGUGAGCAGACGGACUGGCCGCCCCCCUCCCGGAGACUUCGUGUGGGGAACGGCCGCACCGCCCUCCCAUCCACCCCAGGGACAGGCCCUGGAGGCCUGUGGGAGCCCAGGCAGCCAGGGUUUAGGGCGGGGAGACCCCGGAUGGGCACCAUCUGCCCAGUGACGGCGAGAGGACGACAGUGGUCCGGGGGCAGCUCGGGGGAACCCUGGCCUCCAGGGUCAUCCUCUUCCAGCCGCCCCCGCCCCCUGGCCCAGCAGCUGAGCUCCAGGAUAGAAGGAGGGUUUCCAUUUAGUUCAGCUCCACCCUCCGGGCACUCCUGCUGGGCUGGAGGGAGGCCCCAGUGAACAGAUCUCCCAGAAUGACCUGGGGGCUGCCCGUGGGAACAGAAGGCCCGAUGACCAGGGAGGGGCCUUGGGUUUGGGAGCUUCGGUCUGGGGAGGGCCUGGCCUGCCCUGCUCUGGGGGCUGGGGCCCAGGUUGGAGGGACUGAAGAGGGGGAGGGGUGGUGUCCAUUAGCUAGCGUGAACAGAGCAAAUAAAGUCGAAUGAUGGAAAGCAGUCCAGGCCACGAGUUCUUCCUGACACUCCGACCCACUCUAGGCACUGGCCCUGAGCAGCCUCCCAGAGUCCAGCCCCUUCAUCCGAGGGAUGGGUCCUGCCAGUUUGGCCCUUGCCAACCCUCCC